AUGUUUAUUACACACAUUUAUAAUUUAUAUGGUGAUAUAUAUUCACAUGUAUCUAUUAAUAAUAAUUGGUGUCAAUUACUUGCUUAUUUUGUUAAUGUUUGUUUUUGUGCUCUAUAUUAUUCAUGUGUUCUUCAUUCAAUAUUUCGACUUGUUCGAGUUGUUUUCUAUAAAUUAAAAAUUCUUCAAUCAACUCAUUUUUUUCUUAUUAAUAUUGGUAUACAAUGGUUAUCAUCAUUUAUUUUAAUUCUUUGUAAUUUACUUAAUAAAGAUUAUGAAUAUCUUCCAUUUCAAUAUAGAUGUUGGAUUUCGUUUGAAAAUAUUCGUGGACUUUUAAUUGCAACAUUAAUUAUUUAUAUUUGUCCAUUAUUGACGAUAUUGAUUAUUUAUAUUUAUCUUGUUCAACAUAUUCGUCGAACACCUCGAAUUUUACAAAGACGACAAAAAGCAAAUGAAAGAGAUUUAAUUAUUAUGAAACGUAUUAUUAUUUUAGUUCUUAUUAUGAUUGGUAUUGGCCUUCCGACUGUUUCUAUUUUAUUUAUGUAUAUAAUUACUAAUUAUUUAAUAACAAUGGCUUAUCAUAUACAAGGACUAAGCAUGUCUAUUGGUGUAUUUACUGCAACUAUUUGUUUUGCUUUUAUUACACCACAAAUACAAGAAAUAUUUACUCAAAAACAACGACAAGUUUAUAGUCUUGUAGUAAUAAGAAUCCGUUGA